AAAAGUAGCAGACGCCUUAGUCGCUUAUCCGAAACCCAGUCCCAAAUACAUAAAAUCCAAGGACGUGAGAGUAAAUCGAAGAAUAACUUGCAAAAAAAAUGUCUAAAGUUCCACUUAGAGAUGUUACACCUCUCUUGUACUCUAUUAGAGCUUUUCUGCUAGGGCGCACUCAUAAAUCUCAACUACGUUCUGCCAAUGAAAUGGCAUCUCAUGACCAACCUCCACCAAAUUUGCCCGAUGGCCCUUACCAAAAAUUGAGUGGGAGUUACUAUUACACACAUGAUGCCCGUCGUGAAGUGCAGCCACCUACUAUUGUUGCAGUGAACUCUAAGAAUUCUUUGAAGCUUCCACCCAAGGCUGAUUCCAAGGAAUCUUCUGUUGCAGUAAAGAAGCCUAUUGCCCCUGGUAAAGUUUUCCAUUGGGAUUAAUAUUCAAUCUUACUAGAGGCAAUACGAUGAAAUUAGAUUGUAUGAAAGGAGAAUAAUAAAUGAUCUAGAAUGUAAA